AUGUCUGAUGUCGAAGACGUUACUCCAGCGAACACAGAUUUUCCUAGCAGCGACGUUUUGCUGCCUUCGCUUCCUAAAAAACCUUUGUCUCAAUCUCUCGAAGCUUCAGUACCAAUCCAGUCUUCAGAAUCCAGUGAUAUAGCGUCCGCGUUCUCUCUAUUCAGGGAUUAUUUCGACAAGAAGUUGGGCGCCUUGAAGCGAGAUAUUCAAGACGAGUUGUGCAGUAAUACCGAUUCUGUGGCCAAAAAGCUCAAGAAGAAUCCAAGAUCACGUUUAGAUUCGAAGGUAAUCAUGAAGAAACAGUUUCAAUUCAAAUCCGACCUUGCAGAGAAGGUGAAGUCGGCGUCAGUUGCUCUCGGGAAGAGAAAAUUAGACCUUGUUAAAACUCACCUGGAAGAACUAGACUCUGACAUCGAGAAGCGCAACAAACUUAUCAGACUGGCAGACAAGUCCGCCGCCGGUUGGGAUUUAGUGAACGAGUAUUUAUCUGACGAGCUGGCUAGCGGGUCAGAGGACGAAAAGCGUAUCCGCCGUGCCGAACAGAGGGCCCUUCGUAAACGCAACCAACGCCAACAGAAAGCGAAGCCAUCCAAGCAAGGUUAUUCACAACUCCAAUCAUCUACCGCAACCACCGCGUUUGCUGCCCAACAUUCAUCAUCCUCCAGACCUAUUUCUCUUACUUUUGGCGCUUUCAGCAAACCAAGACCAAGUGAUAUUUGUUUCGCCUGCGGCUAGCAAGGUCAUUGGAGGUCUCAGUGUCAAGUUAAUCCUUAAGCCAGAUCUUCAAGCUCGGGGCCGUCCUUUCCUAGUUCUUCUGGUCUUUCGGGCAUUGGAGGUAAAUAGGACCACAGAAUUGAAAACUUGUUUUCCAAGGUUAGAUAUUAGCUUUACUCAAUUUAUGAGACAUGUAUCCUUCCUAUUUGAAGUAUUUCAGGGAAAGAGAAUCUAGUUAAUUAGUCGAUUUCGAUUAUGAUCGCAAUCUAUUUGAAUUUGAACAGAAUUCUGCAUUGCCAGUACUUAAGGGUAGACUUAGGUCCUGUUUAAGUUAUUGGCACACUAUUGGUGCCAAUAGUUUUGUUAUCGACAGUAUUAAAUGCGCUUAUCGGAUCCCAUUCAUUAGCACACCUUGUCGGGCGCGUUUUUCUAACAAUCAGUCAGCUCUUAAUAAUGAGUCUUUCGUGGAGUCGGCUAUCGCUGAAUUAGUCCACACUCAUGCCGUCGUUGAGGUGCCCUUUAUUCCACAUUUCGUUAAUCCGCUCUCUGUCUCGAUACAGUCUUCAGGCAAGAAGAGGCUUAUUCUGGACUUACGUCAUGUCAACCAUUUCAUUUGGAAACAGAAGUUUAUUAGGUGUGAAGAUUGGAGAGUUUCAUUAUCAUAUGUUAAUAAGGGCGAUUACCUUUUCAGUUUCAAUCUCAAGUCUGGAUAUCACCAUAUCGAUAUUUUUCCGGAUCACCAAACUUUUCUGGGUUUCUCCUGGGUUUUUUCUGGUACCGUUCGGUAUUUUUGUUUUGCAUCACUUCCGUUCGGUCUAAGCUCAGCCCCAUACGUCUUCACCAAGUGUCUCAGACCACUCGUUAAGUUUUGGAGGUCUAACGGGAUUAAAAUAGUUGUGUUCCUCGACGAUGGGUGCGGAAAAGGGGAUUCACUGCCUAUGGCCAAGGAAAAUUCAUUGUUUGUGCAAUCAUCCUUAAGCAGUGCGGGGUUUGUUGCCAACCCCCGCCAAAUCACUAUAAAACCCCACUCAGGUGCUUGUUUGGUUGGGUUUAAAGUGGGACUUAGUUAUCGGUACCAUUUCUAUUAUCGAUAGACGUAUUUGCAAAUUUAUCGCUCUGAUUGACAAAUUUCUUCUAUCCGCACCUUAUGUUACGGCUCGGGAUUGUGCCGUUAUCGCAGGUCAUGUUAUGUCCAUGUCGCCAGUUUUGGGUAACCUGACUCGUCUCAAAACCCGUUUUCUUUACAAGGUCAUAGAAUCCCGCCGUAGUUGGGAUUCCCAUUUUAAUAUCGGGCUUCAUAAUGAUUGCCUCUCUGAAAUAUUUUUCUGGAAAAACAAUAUCGUUAGUCUUAAUAUGAGAGCUAUUUUGCCUUAUAAUGCUCCCCUUUUGUUUAGCUAUUCGAAUGCUAGCAACGUCGCCUGCGGGGCUUUUGUUGUGGGCACUAAUGAGGUGUCCCAUCGUAUGUGGACUGCUUGCGAAGCAGCUAAGAGCUCUACCUGGAGAGAACUUAAGGCUAUACAAUUUGCCUUAGGUGCGUUCAAAGCCUCGGUUCGGGGUAAGUGUGUAAAGUGGCAUUCUGACAGCCAAGGGGCCGUUCGUAUUGUGGAGAUAGGGAGUCCUAGUGCAGAAUUGCAUUCUAUUGAGCUUGAUAUUUUCUAUUUUUGUCGAACUUACAGUAUUACACUUAUUCCCCAGUGGGUUCCCAGGGAACUGAAUGCUUGUGCUGAUGCGAUUAGCUACAUUGUAGACUUCGAUGACUGGUAUACAACCCCCGAGUUCUUCGCCCACUUGGACCGCCUUUGCGGCCCACACACAGUCGACAGGUUUGCGAAUGCUGCCAACGCCCAUCUUCCCAGAUUCAAUUCUAGGUUUCGCGUACCCGGCACUGAAGCUGUUGACGCAUUUUCAAUCUCAAGGAAUGGAGAGAAUAAUUGGCUAGUCCCUCCCGUCCACUGCAUUACUAGGGUGGUUCAGCAUCUCCUUGUAUGCGGUGCGGUUCGUACUUUAGUCGUCCCUUAUUGGCCGUCUAAUGAGUUUGGGCCUUUCUUGUUCGCAAAUGCAAUUCAAUUCCAACCGUACUUCCUUGAGUACAUUCAUUUUCCCUACCCGUCGGGGAUUUUUUGCCCUCGGGUGUUACAAAGAUUCACUCAUUGCAAUUGGUUCAGACAGGUUUAACAGCGCGGUCCUGGCAGUCAGAAUUGGCGCUAAGGGGCCUUAGUUUUUUCAAGCCGAGUGGCUUUAGGUGGCCCACGUGUUUUUUAUUCCGCUUGUCAGUUCAUUUGUUCUCGUUUCGCAUGAAACUAGCUCGCCGAGUGGCUUGUUUACCUUCGUUUUUUAGUUGGCUCAUAUGGCCUUAAAUAGUUUUGCAUCCGGUCAGCGGCAUUACCAAGCGUCCAUUUUUUAUUGCUGUAUUGACCCCAGUGCGUGUAUUGAAGAAUUUUGCCAUAUAUUUUUGUUCUUAUCCUCGUAGAAGUUCUCAAAGAUGCCUUGCAGCCUAAUUUUCAACAGGCUGAAGACAGGCGACUCCGCGCCGGGAACUGGUUCAAGAUCUCCCCGCAGUUCUUCUUAAAUCCAAAGCCGACAGUACCGCGAGGAAGUACGAAAAGGGCUUCAAUACAUGGAGAAAAUGGGCUUCUCAGUUUAAAGAAAUUGUAAUAUUUCCCGCUUCUAGUGUGUACGUUUCAUUGUUUUUACUUAUCUUGCAGAGCUUGAUUCAAGAAUCUGCUUCUUGCAGUACUAUUGAUGAAGUCCAUUAUGGGCUCAAGUGGGUGCAUGAUUUGGCAGGUCUACCCGACCCCUGUAAUUCCUCGUUAGUUUUAUCUUUAAUAGAAUCUGCUAAGAGGCUUCUCAGUAUCCCUGUUAAAAAGAAAGAGCCUGUGACCCCCGAGGCUAUUCAGCUUUUAUUUGCUAAGUAUGGAUCGUCUUCAGCUAGUUUGUCUGAUUUACGAGUGCUUACUUUGUGCGUUUUAGGUUAUGCAGGGUUUUUUCGCUUUAACGAGUUGGUUCAGUUACGCAGGUGUGAUUUUCAGUUUGAGGAUUCUUUUAUGAGAAUCUUUGUUCAUUGAAGUAAGACUAACGUUUACAGGGAUGGGGCUUGGGUUGUUAUCGCUAAAACUUUCAAGCAUACAUGUCCUUAUUUAUUAGUUCAACGAUAUUUUGUGGCCGCUUCUUUUUCAGCUGACAGCGAAGAAUUCAUUUUUCGCCCUCUUGUUUUC